UUCAAGUUCAAAUAGCACCCCAUAAAGUUUAUACGAUAAAGUUUAAAUAGUACCCUAUCAAUCACAUAAAAAGACAGCUAGUGGUUGUCUUUUGCGCAAAUAUAUGGUCCACACGGUGUAGAUUGGCGCGUCAAUGCACGCGCGAGUAAAUAUGGCGCGUAAUGGAUCGGCUUCACGAGAAUUCAAUUUGUUGAGCGAAUCUUUUCACUGCUUUUCAUACUACGAUGGACUCUUUCUCAUGCCAUUCCCAGUGGGCUGUGGCUCGUCCAAUCAUGCAUGUACGUGGCUCCAGCUAACUGGAUGAUCGAUUGAUAAAUCCAAACACACCCUCCAUCGCAUAUCUUAUCUCUGCAACAUCCGUACGUUAAAAUCCUUAUUCAUCAUGAAACCCACAGGGUGUUGGGGAGGUUAAUCACGGUGAUUCAGUCAGUAAAGCAGUGGUAAAUCUUAUACACGUGUGCAUCAGAGGUUCAGCUUUAUUUCAGGUUCUGUAACCUUCACACGGUCGCUGCUGAUUUCGAACUUUGGUCACUUGGUCAAGUUUUCCAACCACUCGACCAACUGAGUUACCCGUGCGGGCAGGUUCUAAUGUCAUGGUGGCUUAAAGCUGGUGCUAAGAAGAUGGAGGACAUAUUUAAACACUGCUUGCCAGGUAUCAUAUGCUGGCACAUAUGGAAAACUUAUUCAAGUUUAAUUUGGGGUCAGGAGGGUUUCACCCCCUCAUCAGCAGGAAUCAAUAAACAGAUAAAAAUCUAUUCUCAGACCUGGUCAGUUGGACUCCCUAAAGGUAAAAUUCGAACAGUUGAAAGGAUUUUAUACGAGGAAGAAAUAAUACCUAGUACAUUCAGGCUAGGUCGUCCAAUUAUUUUGGCAGUAAAAUGGAAAAAACCAUCCCAAACCUUCAAAUUAAAUACUGAUGCAAGAUACUCACCUGAAUCGUCUGCGGGAGGCGCGAUUCUAAGGGAUACGAACGGGACUUUGGUUUGCGCCAUUUCAUUUCCACUGCAAGCAUCCUCUUCCUUGGUGGCUGAAAUCCAAGCUGCGCUGCAAUCUGUUUGUUGGAUGAUUGAAGAAGGCUACUCGGAUUUUGAGAUGGAAGGUGAUUCAACGGAGGCUGUGAAGAUUAUCAGGGAGAAAGGGUGCGGAAGGUGGAGUUAUGAAGUUAAAGCUUUGAUGAUGUUGUCGGAAGAUAAGAAGAUUUCCUAUUUCAGCGUUUGGCGAGAAGCAAAUUGGGUCGCACACUUCCUUGCUGAUCAUGCCUCGGCCCAAUUCCAAAAAUUCUCUGAGCCCAAUCAGCUUCCAGCCCGUGCCAAAAAUGCUUAUCUUAUGGAUCUGUUUGGAAUUCCCUCUCUUCGUAUUAUGUAUUAAUUUUUUGCUCUUUUUCCUUCCGCAAUGUAAUACUCUUUUAUUUCAAUAAUAUCCCG